AUGGGUGUCAAUAUAGUCGCUUCUUGUUCCCUAGCAGCAUUCAUGGCUUUCAUGGCUGCCUCGUUGUUCUUGUCUACGGUGACCGUGGCGGCGUCUGUACCAGCGGUUUACGUGUUCGGCGACUCGCUGGCCGAUGUCGGGAACAACGACUACCUGGUGACGGUGCUCAAGGCGGACUUCUCGCACAACGGCAUGGACUACCCGGGCGGCAAGGCCACCGGCCGCUUCAGCAACGGCAAGAACUCCGCUGACUUCAUCGCCGAGAAGCUGGGGCUGGCGACCUCGCCGCCAUACCUCGCCUUGUCCUCAAGCAGCAAUGCCAACUACGCAAACGGCGUCAGCUUCGCUUCCGGUGGCGCAGGAGUCUCCAACGCCACUAACACGGACCUGUGCAUCACCUUCGACAAGCAGAUCGAGUAUUACUCCGGCGUGUACGCCUCGCUCGCACGGAGCCUCGGCCAGGCCCAGUCCGACAACCACCUGGCCAAAUCCAUCUUCGCCAUCACCAUCGGCAGCAACGACAUCAUCCACUACGCCAAGGCCAACACCGGCGCCGGCGCCGGGGACGGUCCCUCCCAGCAGUACGUCGACACGCUGAUCCAGUCCCUCACCGGCCAGCUGCAGAGCCUCUACAACCUCGGCGCGCGCAAGGUGCUCUUCCUCGGCACGGGGCCGGUGGGCUGCACGCCGUCGCUGCGGGAGCUGAGCUCCACCAAGGACUGCAGCGCCCUGGCCAACGCCAUGGCCGUGCAGUACAACAAGGCGGCCGAGGCCGUGCUGAGCGGCAUGAGCGCGCAGCACCCGGACCUGCACUACGCGCUCUUCGACUCCUCCGCCGCGCUGCUCCGGUACAUCGACCAGCCCGCGGCGUACGGCUUCGCCGAGGCCAAGUCGGCGUGCUGCGGUCUGGGGGACAUGCACGCCAAGAUCGCAUGCACUCCGCUCAGCGCCUACUGCGCCAACCGCUCCGACCACGUCUUCUGGGACUUCUACCACCCCACCGAGGCCACCGCGCAGAAGCUCACCGACACCGCAUUUGAUGGGUCGGCGCCAUUCAUCUUCCCCGUCAACAUAAGGCAGCUCAGCGCUAUAUAG